CUGGGUGGACGUUAGAUUUGGGGCUGGAGCUAAAGCUAAAAUGGUGCUGGAGCUGAGGGGAUGGGUUAGAGCCCAGGUGGUGGGGCAGACAGACACUUCUCCUGCUGCCCAGGUCUGAGAAUUGUGUUUGAGCCCUAACAGCAGCUGACAGAAGCCCCUCCCUUCCCAGGAAUGCCUUGGACUGCAGAAGGAGCAGUGCCACGUCAGCCAAUCGGCUCAAGCCCUGCCUAGGAAACACCUGUUGAUUCCCUUCCCCCACCCCCUGUUCCAAGGCUCACCUGGGUGCAGGUUAGGCAGGUGAAGCACCUCCCCGGAAACGAAGCUGGAGCGCCCCACCUGCCCGGCUCAGAUCGGAUCCAGCACUUCCAGGCUUCUUGAGCCAGCAGUGACAGCUGAAGCAUGUGAGUUGGAUCCUGAAUGAGGCUUUAUCUCUGGCUCUUCGUCAUCAUCAUCCACUGUCCACCGUGGCACCAGCUCCACCAGCCAGCUGGGAUGGGACAGGCAACUGAGGGAGCCAGAAAGAUGGUGGUGACCCUACCCUGGAUUGUGAGAGGAAUAGGACUCUGGGCCUCUAGCUGCCAAGCAGGUGGUGGGGGCUGCAGGCCAUGACCUGCACCCUCUGACUCCUGGUGCUGCCCUCUGUCCUGACUCGUGCCAGACCCAGCCAUGUCUGAAGGAGAGGCUCGAGCCCUGCCUGGCCAGGGGCUGCCCCCGGAUGCGCUGGCAGAACAGGUGGAGUUGUGGUGGUCCCAGCAGCCUCGGCGCUCGGCACUCUGCUUUGCCGUGGCCGUGGGCCUCGUGGCGGGCUGUGGGGCAGGUGGUGUGGCACUGCUCGCCUCCACCAGCAGCCGCUCGGGAGAGUGGCGGCUGGCAGUGGGCACCGUGCUGUGCCUGCUGGCCCUGCUGGUUCUGAUUAAGCAGCUGAUGAGCUCAGCCGUGCAGGACAUGAACUGCAUACGCCAGCCCCACCAUGUGGCCCUGCUGCGCAGUGGCGGUGGUGCCGAUGCCCUGGUGGUGCUGCUCAGUGGCCUGGUGCUGCUGGUCACCGGCCUGACGCUGGCUGGGUUGGCCGCCGCCCCUGCGCCUGCCCAGCCACUGGCUGUCAUGCUGUCCGUGGGCAUCGCCCUGGCUGCCUCCGGCUCACUCUUGCUGCUGGCCUUGCUGCUGUAUCAGGUCGGCGUGAGUGGACACUGCCCCCUUAUCCGCGCAGCCACGUCCUCCACCCACAGUGACACUGGCAGCAUCUUCAGCAUUUCAGGCCGGUUGUCUGCUGGCCGGCGUCAUGAAACCACAUCCAGUAUCGCCAGCCUCAUCUGAGCCAGCCGGAGCCCUUCCCAUGGCCUGUCUCAGCCUCCACAGAACUGUGCUGGGACUGAGUGUGAGUGUGUGUGUGAGUGUGUGCACGUGCAAAGGGGACAGUGAGUGUAUGUGAGUGUGUAUGUGUCCCCAGGACUGUCCAGCCCUUCUGUGGGAUUGUGUGUUGAGAGCCUAGUGUACCCACACAGCCACACCAUGGGGAGGUGAGUGCUGUGUCCAUGGAAAUGUCAGAAUCUGCCUGUCUAUAUCUGGAGUCUCUCAGCAGAGAGGUGUCUGAGAUCCCUGGAGAGGCGUGGCCCCUAUUCUUAGCACCCCUCAAAGCCAACCUGUCCUCUAACGUCUGUCAAGGAUUUCCCCAGCAGUGGCUGCUGUCCAGCUCAAAGACGGCACCGGCAGGUCUUCACUGAGAAGAAUAACUGGUGGCACAACGGAGAGAACACAGGCUCCGGAAUAUACAGGCCUGGAUUGGAAUCCUCCCUCUACCACUUACCAGGUGGGGAACUUGGGCAAGUGACUUAACCUCUGUGAGCCUCAGUUUCUUGAGCGUCAUGGUCAUGGUCAUCGAUUGUGAGGAUUAAAGGACAUCAUGUAUAGAAGGACUGGUCAUAUGACAGACGUGCAUUAAACUUGGUGGCUGCUGCUAC